CGUUUUGGAGGAGGGAGAGUAAAUGGUUGACACAAAAAUAAGUUUUGAUAAAUAUUUGGAAACAAAACUAAUACAAAUGUAUCUAAAAUUGUUUAUAUUUAGUAGCAAGCACUUCAUUUCUGCCCAGUGAUACAAAGUAACCUUAUUAAAUAAGUUACAUAGUCAUAGAAAGCUAAAGUCAACUUCUUUCUUUGUCAUGAAAAUAGUUUUUCUAAAUUAUCGAUCGAUUACGAAAGACUAUUCAAGUAUAUGCAUAUUGUUCUAUACGUUGCAGCCGAUUUAAUUCUAACUAGAUCCUGUAAUAACAUCGCGCCAAUACUGGUGAUUCAGAAUUUGGCAUAGGGUUACGGAAGUCGAUGUGCUAACGUGGGAAAAGAAAUGUGGGUACAGCCUCGUUAAGUGCAUAAGCGUUCCGAUAAAUUAUUUAAAAAGAUCGCGCUUUUAAGGUGAGCUCCUGACACUAAAUCAUGAGAUAAACUUACUGAAGUGUGCCUGGAAUUUACGUCCAUGUAUUGUUGUUCUUUCCUCUCGCGGCUGGGCGUCGGGAUGGCGAGCAUGAGCUCCACGCUCGUCGAGACCGUCUCCAUCAACUACGAGGAUUUUAACGAGAGCUUUCUCACUUGCGGCACCUGUUUAUGCACUUACGACGGCAGUGAACACACCCCAAAGCUUCUGCCGUGUUCACACACAGUGUGUCUGCACUGUCUCACUCGAAUAGCCGCAUCUCAAACGAGAGACGCGGGUAGUUUCAGAUGUCCCAUAUGCCGCGAACUGAUCACCAUUCCCCGUGGCGGAGUGUCGGCCUUACCGCCGUCGUUUCUCGUGAACCAGUUAUUAGAUUUAAUGGCCAGACAGAGGAGGGAAGUGAUACCUCAGUGCAGUUCGCAUCCGGGCAGGGAGUUGCUCUUCUGCGAGACCUGUGACUGCGUAUUCUGCAGACACUGUGCGGACGGGCCCCACAGUGACACACCCUGUGAUCAUACCGUGGUGCCGUUUUCUAUAGCUUUAAAGAGAAUGUCGGAAAUACUAUUGUAUAGAGCCAAUGAGUGCCUGAGUAAGCUCGGCUCGGCCAGGGAAGCCGUGGCGAGUGAGUUGAGGAGGUUGGAGGCGGCGGCGUCGGCGGCCGAUGAAGCGAUAGAUAGACACUUUACAGAAUUAAAGGCUGCCUUGGACAAACGUCACAGCGAACUGAAAUCGGCCGCGGCAGCUGCGGCCACGCAUAAACGGAAGCUGCUAGAAGAACAGUUGAAAUUGAUUGAUGCUGAGAAAGCAAAGGUAGAGGCUGAAUGUUCGGGUCUUCAGCAGCAAGUUGAAGUGAGGGAAGUAAGCAGCCGAGCGGCGGCCUUAGGAGCAAGACUCGGGGACGCGGCCGCGCUCGCCGAGCCCAGAGAGAACGCCUUCUUGGCGGUAGACUUCGCACAUAACAACGCUCAGCAGAGGUUUGCUGAGGCUCUUGCAGAGUUAGGCAGAGUUCGCACUAGUACUACCUUCCCUGGCCUAUGUACUUUGCAGUUGGAAUCUGCAUGCGUGUGCGGGCUGGAGAUGGUGGUAGUGCUGCGAACGGUGGACUACCACGGCGAGGCGCGCAGCACGGGCGGGGACCCCGUCACGGCCGCCGCCACGCUGGACGACGCGCCGCUGCCGUGCACUGUCACCGACCUCGAUUCCGGCCUCUAUAGAAUCUCAAUGCGUCCGUGGAGUGGCGGCGCGGUGUCCGUGCGCGUGCUGGUGUUCUCUCGCGGCGUUCGCGACUCGCCGCUGCGCGCGCAAGUGAUGCCCGCUGCAGCGCCGCUGCGCGUGUGGGGCGCCAGGGGCUCCGGCAAGGAACAGCUCAACCAGCCCGUCGCUGUUGCCAGAUGUCCAAAACGCCGGGAAAUAUACGUUCUUGAUGCUGGGAAUUCAAGAGUCAAAGUGUUGGAUGAUGAGACGUUUGCUUUCAAGACGCAUAUCGUAAAUGACGGAUUAGCGGGUCGAAGUUGCACGGGCAUAGCGGUUACGGCAGAAGGCGUGGUUGUUGUUAAUUGGCGGACAAAAACUCUCACCGAGAUAAACAGCGAAGGCGUAACAGUACGCACGAUCCGCUCGGAGCGCCUCGUGGAGCCGGUGUGCGUGGCGGCGCACGCGGCGUCGCGGCGCCUCGCCGUCGCGGACAACGGCGCGCGCACCGUGUUCGUGUUCGACACGCACGGCAACAUCGAGCGAGAGAUCGGUAACGGCGACCUGGGCAUGGUGGGCGGGCUGGCGCUGACGGAGGACAUGCUGGUGGUGGCCGACGUGGCCGUCCGGGUCUAUGACUCGGAGGGCAACCUGCAGACUACGCUCGCGCCCAUACCUAAAGGUCGCGGGGGAUACGGUGGUAUAGCGGUGGAGCACACGGAAGACGGCUGGCACAUCGUGUGCGCGCGCUCCAUACGCGGCCGGCCCGCGCUCAUCGUGCUGGAGGCGGACGGCGCGGGGAGACUGCUGGCCGCCUGCGAGCUGGCCGACAAGAAGCCGCGGCGGGUGGCCGGCCUCGCCCUGCUGCCGAAAAAGCGCGCUCUGCUGGCAGACCUCGCGGGCGACUGUUUGAGACUGCACACGUAUUGGUGAACGGUGAUUCUAAUACGGUGGUAUAUCGUGAGAAGCCAGAAGGCGGGAGAAAACGAAUUUCAUGCUAGUCCAAUAUUGUAACUGAGAAUCGAACUUGGCCAUAAUCCCGGACCGCGAGCGCACUCGUACCAAAGUCAGUAGCGUAUUGUACGCUAUUACGAUAUUCUUAGUACUUACAGUAUUUAUUUUCUUUAAGUGUCCUUAGUUAUAAAUUGUAUUUUUAGGAUUUUUUUUACGAAUUUCGAUGUCGGAUUAUUCGACAUAACUUACGUGACUGAUUUUGUUUUUUUUUUCGUCGCUUAAGUUGCGACUUUUUGUCGUUUAGUCAGUUAUUUGUUGUCGUAGCUCCUAUCGAACCUAUCUUUUUUAAAGGUAGGCAAAUUGAAAUCAUAACUACAUAUUAUUAAUGUGCCAUUUUUUUUUAUUAGUAAGGCUACUAUAAAAUUUGGUUUAAAAUUUGUCGGAAACCACUCCAAGAAAAAUACAGGAGGUGAUAUUUUAUUCCAAAACUCAUAUCAUACACAAAAUAAAUCAUUUGAUAGGAGCAACAACUUAAUUUUUGUAUGUGGCUUUAUUUUUUAUUUACAGAAUGAUGUAGUAGUUGAAUCUGAAAUCCCAUAAUGGUGUUGACACUAUGACUUAAAAUAAGCUGUACUGUUAUAAGAAUAAGAGUAAAGUUUAGUCACAAUAAAACGAAUUUUUCGAUAUAAAGAGUAGCGACACUGACAAUAGCACGUCAAUUUUGAGCAUCCAUCAUGUUUGAAUACUAGCUUUAGGCCGCUAUUUCAUCUGUACUAUAAAAGAUCAACAAAACAUUUGUGAUUUGUCGUGUUACCCUACCAGACUACCGUCGGCCGAUAGUUCAGCUGACUUUAGGUUAACCGCACUUUGGAUGCGAAAUUGUAUCGUACGUAAACGUAUAGAUACUGGUCGUACGAAUUGAGUGCGCACACUGAAUACAUUUUCCUCCGUCAAAUAGACAUUGUCCCGGUGGCUUUCGUGAAGUCCUCUUUGGUGUGUGUCGAUGAAUAAAGGUAAUUCUCUUCUUUGAUCCCACAAAUAUUUGCGUCUGUAAACCAAGUUCGAUAAGUCAAUUUUUCUACAUUCAUCUUUCAUUUCCAACGUUCAAAAAUUUCAACAAAACAAGUUCAGAUGGUUUUUGAACGUCAGCACUUAUACGCACUUAAAAGUCCGACUAACUCGCACCCACUUCUCGCUCCCAAAUUAGUUCGAAAGUCGAGAUUAUUUAUGCGUUAUCGUACGUGUUCGCACGAUUUAAAGUCGUACGAAAACGCAAUCAAAGUGCGGUAAGCCAAAAGUAAGAGGCUAUUACUAUCGGCUGAUCAAAAAGUGUUUAACUUGCGCGCCAAGAUUCCCAAGCAAACACCCCGUUGAACCUUUAUCAAAUAAUAUGGCUAAUUGUACUGUGCAUAAUCUGUAAACUAAAUUGAAAGGUUUAAAUCUAGUGCUGUCCUGCUCUGCAGGGAACAUUAUGAAAGGAAUAGCAAUAUACAAGUACCUGUCAUUUUAGUUUAGAGAUUGUGUACAACAGAAUCAGCUCAAAUAUAUGUAUAGGUUAGUAUCAAGUAUCAACUGCCAUAAACACAAGGAGUUUGUGCCUAUAAUAGGUAGGUAUAUCGUGAUCUGAUUAAUUAUAUAAUUUAUUAUGAGAUUCGGAAUUCGCUUUGAUUUGGAGAACUGAUUGGCCAUAAAGCGGAUUCGUUGGCCUUAUUUUUUUCAAUUGCAGAUUUGUUGCAGAAAUUCAGUUAAUACGAAAAAAAAAAAUACCUAAUUAAUUCCUGUACUUAAGUUCUGGUUUAUACUAAUUUCCCUAAAUGUUCCUAAAACCAGAAGAUAUAAUUAAUACAACUCUUAAAUUGUGUAAUUUUAAAUGUUUGUUUAUAUGAAUCCAUUAUACAUAAAGUUACAUCUGAAUCACUUAAAGUCAAAAGGGUUGGUUUAUUGUUUCUAUUUGAAUUUAUGCAAAACGUAUAAAUUGUUUUAUAAAAAAAAAAAACAGUUAAACAUCCAAAUAGGUAUGUUAAAGCAAACGAUUGCAUAGAAUCCCGGAUAUAUUUACAUCAUAUAAUAUGUAUUCGUAAGAUACCUAAUCUGGGUUAGAACUUAUACCAAAAUAUUUGUACCACCCAUAAGUCUAACUUAAAAUUCGAAUCUUCUUGAAAUUCUUUUGCGUGCUGCGUUGUUUUCGUCCAUAAACCACAAAUGAUUAAUUUAUCUAGAAGUAUCACUAACAGUUAAGAAACGUUAUUGACACUAAAAAAAAAUCACCAUGAUUGAACACUUGCUUAACUUGCUUAAGUUCUCAAUUUAUUCCACCCCACAUAAUUUUGCUCAAUGAAAAUGUAACUUCAUAUCACAUGAGAAUGCUUCCAUUUUGCUAGAAUUUAGAUAUUGAAACGAAUUGUUCAGCAUUUAAAACAUAAUAACUAGGCAUCGUUAAAGUUUACUUAAGAAUUCUGUAGCUCUUAUGAAAAUGUUCAAUGUUAAAUCGUGCCUGUAGGGAAAAGGUUCUAGAAUAAAAAUAAGUUAUGUUCUUUAACUAUCAUGACACCGAUUCUAUAUCAAAUUCAAAAUGUGGGGACUAGCACAGAAGUUGUGGUUCUUACAUUGCGACAAUCGCAAUUGUUGUAAUUGCCUUAAAUUACUAUAUAUUCUUGCAGCAAUUACGUACUGUGCAAUUUAGCUAAUAGUGAAUGUCAGCUAAUCAGGUAAUUGCGAUUAUCACAUUGUAGUUCUUGCUAGGCAUUCUGCAGGAAUCUUCUUUCCCGUCAUUGCAUACUGUGGUAUGUACCACCUUCUUCAACAAACUUGUAUAAUUUACAAAAAUACUGAAGUUGUGCUUUAGUUUUUAUACAUGUUGUGCAUCAAUAAACACCUAAAUCGCUCGUUAUGAACGUAAGAGUGGUUUCAGAAUAUCGUUUCUGUGCACGUUUUACGCUCUUUUUGUCGUUUUGCGUUUCAGUAAACUGUACGUUACCGGUGUGGUUCCUCAAACGAGUGGGUCUGUUACUAGCACCACAGCGUCACCGGGAGGCACUGGUGGGGAUUCCUAGGGCUCGAAGAAAUAAUUGGAAAGAUCUAGCAAUGUCUUAAAAGGCCCUCCCGUGAUGGCUUAAGUAAGGCUGAGACGUUGGUGUUGGAUGUGAUUAUACUGUAGGUACGUCUCGAGGCCGUGCUGUGAGUCCACGUCCGGGUGACGUUAGAAAUCGGGGGCCUCGACUUCGCCGACGAAGAUUUGCGGCUCGCGCGUAUUCAAGCUUAUAAGUGCGUCUAUACUCAUACGAGACGCGCUUCCAAAAACGAGCUUAGGUACCUAUACUUACUCGCAAAAAACGCUCAUAUCUGAAACCACUCUAAACGCCGUAACGAAAAUUGCAUAUCUUGGUAGAAAUUCUGUGAUGUUUAACUUACCAACGCAAAAACGUGGUUGAUCUUUAAUUCAUCUCUCAUUCCAAGGAGAUAAGAUCUUUGCCCAGCUGUUGGAAAAUAAUAAGUUGUUACACUUACCUCCUGUUUCUGAAAUAAUAUUUAGGUUAAAUUAGCGUAUCGGCCUAUUAAACUUUGACCUUAUCAAAUUAGUUUUCCAGAAGGACGGUUCGUUAACUAUCAUUUAGUUAAUUAAAUUAUGCCAUGAUGAUCAUUGUUUUGUCAAAGCCUAUCAUUGCUGUAUACUUAUUGCGUUACUGCAUUUCUGUAAUAUAAUUAUUGUAUAAUAAUUUAACUGCAACCCAGUCAAAAUUUGUCAGCUUUAAUCCGUUGAUUUGAUUAUUGUUUCAUAAACUGGAGGUCCCUGGUCCAUUAAUACCAUUUCGUUAAAUUUUGCCAUACAUUGUUACAUCCAUGGUAGUAAAAAGUACAAAAUCUAUCAAACCCAGUGUUAGCGUGGUUACCAGCUUCAUAUCAUUUUAGCAAAUGAUUGUUAUCUUAUCUUUAAGCAAACGAUUUAAUGUUUUGUAAGUUUGUUCCUUGUGAUUGUGAAGUUUGUUAACGUUUUCCUCUAUCCUAUUAAUUUUUAUUAAAAACGUACGUAUGCUCCGAUUUGACAUAAAUCGGCAAAUAUGUAAACAAAUAUGACUGCAAAGUGCGUAGGUACCUAAUACGAGAUUUUAUUAAUAAUUUUUUAAUAGAAUCUUAAAGAAGAAAUAAAGUUUGUUUACAUAGUUGACGAUUUAUAAAAAUCAGAGUUCACUUUUUACUCGUCACAAACGGUUCACAAAUCACUGCCUUUAGAAUUACGCGCAUUUAAUAUCACUUAAAAAUCUCAUAAAAUAUGAAUACUCAAAAAUCAGCAAUUGGUACAAACGUAAUUUGUGAUCAAAUAAAUGAUAAAAAUGGUUGAUUAUUUUGUGUGAAACGAUAAAAGUGACACUAUUUCCUGCAAAUGUUAAAAAUGAUAUAUUUUGACAUUUAAAAAAAGUACUAUUUUUUGUAUUGUAAGAAGAAUAAUCGAUGGAAUUGAGCCCUAGACGCCCAUUGGCUACUUUCGCCUUAGUGAUCGCUUCUUAUCAACUGCUGGUAGGUAGUCUGAGAAAAAAAAACUCCAGUCUCUCACAGAAAGGCGCACUAAUUACUUAUUAUUAAUCUCAGAGUAGACAAUAUAGGGGCCUAUAUACACAGUUCAUAUCUGUACGCGCCGGGUGUAAUUCAUUUGGUCCAUUCUUCUCUUUUUGUCGCUCGACGCUGAUGCUUGCAGAGCAAAGUGAAUUUGCUAUAAGCGUUGUGGCUUGGGUGGCUUCCAUUAAAACGCUGUGGGGCGAAUUUGAGCAUUUCAUAGCUGCAAUAGCGAAGACUGCAGCUGGAAGUCCACGUUCAGGCGUUAGUAGCCAGUGUGCACCUAGCCCUAAAAUUAAUUUAUUGGUUACAUAAGUAUAUUCAUGAGGCGAAAUUAUAUUUAUCGAAAGCUGUGAAACUGUACUUAAAUUAUAACCACAGAGUAUCUCAGUGUAAUGUCGAUGAUGUCACUUAAUAUGCAAAAUAAAAAUAAUAUUUAAAUCAUG